AUCUGAGGACAUAUAAUGAAGCCUUUUGAUUCUGUAAGUGAAAAGGCAUCACAUGACAUGACGGGGACUCCACUAGAAUUCUUUUUCUCCUUUUGUAUAGGAAAAGGAAACGGAACACUCACUCCCUUUGUCUCCCUCAAUCACUCAAUCACUCACUCACUCACUCACUCACUCACUCACUCACAACUCCCUCUCACUCUCAUCCGUCUCCGUCACCGCUCCUUCUCAGUCACCGAUCCGCUCCUUCUCAGUCGCCGAUCCGUCUCAUCGCCGCUCCGUCUCCAGCACCGCUCCGUCUCAGUCGCCAUCUCCGCCUCCGUCGUUGUCUCCGCCGCUGCCAUGAAGAUGAAAAACAUCUGUUUACUUGUUUUUUUUCUAAUACUUUCAUCAUCUGUUUUGUUUCUUUCUUCUCUCUUUUCUUACUCAUCAAACAGUGAUAAAAUAGACCAUUUACCUCAACAACCGGAGGUUAAAUUCAACCAAUACUCUGGUUACAUCACCGUUGAUGAGAUUCAGAAAAGAUUUUUAUUUUAUUAUUUUGUUGAAGCUGAAGUGCAGCCAAGCUUAAAACCGGUAGUGAUGUGGCUACAUGGAGGGCCGGGUUGUUCUUCAGUCGGACUUGGUGCUUUCCAGGAGCAUGGUCCUUUUCAACCAACUGACCAAGGUUUGGCCAAAAACAACUACAGUUGGAACAAAGAGGCGAAUAUGCUCUAUUUGGAUUCACCGGCUGGCGCUGGAUUUUCAUACUCCGCCAACAAAUCAUUCUACAACCUUGUGACCGAUGAAACGACAGCAAGAGAUAAUCUUGUUUUUCUACAACAGUGGUUCACAAAAUUUUCACAUUACAAAAAUAAUGAGUUCUUCAUCACAGGGGAGAGCUAUACAGGUCACUUUGCACCCCAACUUGCAGCACUCAUUUUACAAACCAAAACCAACAUUAAUUUAAAAGGAAUAGCCAUAGGUAACCCCCUCCUAGAGUUUAACACAGAUUACAACUCUAGGGGGCAAUUUUUGUGGUCACAUGGGUUGAUAACAUAUUCAACCUAUGAGUUAGUCACAAAAGUUUGCAACUAUUCCCGAAUUACAAGGGAAUAUAGAAGUGGGACAGUUAAUUCCAGCUGUGUAGAAGUUAUUGAUCGAUUGAAUCGGGAGGUUGGUGACUUCAUCGAUGAUUUCGAUGUUAGUCAGGAUAUGUGCCGACCACUAGGACAACACAUAUGGACUCUACCUCAUGGAGAAAAGAAGAGAGCUUUUUGUCUCGAAGACAAAAUAUUUAAUUACUUGAAUAAGAAAGGAGUUCAAAAAGCUCUCCAUACUAGGAUUUCCUCGUGGCAAACUUGUGGAGCUAUCUGGUAUGACAGCAAAAGUAUUGAAAAUUCAACCAUAUCUCUUCUAGGAACACUUGUUAAAUCAGGUGUUAGAGUUAUGGUAUUUAGUGGAGAUCAAGAUUCUGUCAUACCAUUCUUUAGCACCCAAUCUUUAUUGGAUGGAUUAGCUAAGGACCUUGGGUUGUACGUAGGGCCUUAUAGACCAUGGUAUAAUGGAAUAAAGGUCGCAGGAUUUACACAGGUGUAUGGUGACAUUUUAACAUUUGCCACCGUUAGAGGAGCAGGUCAUUCUUGUGCAUAUUCGAAACCGGAAGAAACAUUUUUGUUAUUUAAAACAUUUUUAGAAGGAUGGUACCUUCCAAAAAUUAAAUUGUAAAUACAUUGUGAAGCACAAUAUUUUAUUGAAAAAUGUAUAUUAAACAUUUAUCAUAUAUUU